GACGAAAGCGGCGAGCUUGCGACGAGCAACUAUGGCACAGGUCGGCCAGCAGCUAGCAACGGUACACCAACAACAGUUGUACGGAUUUACAGUGUGAAAAAUUUUAAUAUUAGGACUGUGGGGCUUUCAAAUCUUUACGGAUUCUCUCCGCUCGGUGUAUUGACCCGUCAGAGAUGAGCAGCGAAGAGGAAAGCUCGCUUGAUAUCGAGAUCGAAGCUCUGAAGGCCAUCUACAUCCACGAGCUUGAAGUCAGCUGUGACGAAAGCAAACAUUCGACAUGCGUGAAGGUGUCUCUGCAUCCGGCCACGGCCGACAACGCGGAGGAACAGUACGUUCGUCUCGAUCUAGUCCUGGUAAUACCACCUGAGUAUCCGGAUGUCUUGCCCGAGAUUACGAUCCGCAACCCCCGAGGUCUCUCCGACGAGAAGAUCGUGAAGAUUCAGGAAGAUUUGCAAGAUACGGCGCAAGAAAAUGUGGGGAGUCCAAUGUUGUAUCAAUUGAUCGAGGUGGCCAAAGAACACCUGACAGAGGAGAAUGUGCCAUGCUGCCAGUGCACCAUAUGCCUGUACGGCUUUGCCGAGGGCGACGUGUUCACCAAGACGCAGUGCUACCACUACUUCCACUCCCACUGCUUGGCACGCUACGUGCGCCACGCACUUGAGCAAAUCGCCCAGGAGGAAGCCGACAAGCUGAGCCCGACGAUGCCUUCGGCCAAUGCCGAUGAGGACACAGCGAAUACGAAGGUGGUGUGCCCCGUGUGCCGGCUUCCUCUGCCUCCCCUGCUGGGGCUGACCGAGGAAGAGCACCCGCCACCCAUGGAACAGCAGCGUCAGCCAGCCUUCUGCAUGACGCCCGAGCUGGAACAGCUGCAGCAGAGCAUGGCGCAGCUCUACAGUUCACCAGCAGCGCCAAGGGGGCAUCAUCAACGUGGACGCCGAGAAGAACAAGUUCCUCCUCGAGAUAUCUGCUGCUCCCGAGAGCAGCAAUGUGCCAGAAGCACCGAAACACCGUUUCGGAGCCUUCAAGCUGAGGAACUGGAGACCACCCACACGGCACACGGAAAGCGGAACGUUCGAGAAAGGCAACGACGCGCCUUUCCACAGGUCAACUGACAGGCAACAAAUGCAGCAGCAGCACGAACCACGAUUCCCGAAGCCUCCAAGAAACAGGCCGUCAAGGCCUACAAACAGGCAGCACGUGCUCAACGAUGGUUACGACGAACCUGUCGCAAACGGCUUCGUCGAACAUUCCGGCGAGAGUUCAUCAUCGUCCGGCGCGGAGAGGCUUCAGAGGUCGGAGACUGGACAGCAAAGGUCACGGAGGCCACGACCUCACCACGGUCGGGGUAGGGGAGGCGGACAGCGGCAACAGCAGAACUGGUACAGACCGCCACCGGAGCGCAAGGAGGAAGACUGCGAUGCACGUUCGCCCGAAACCUACCGCCAGGACUACGAUAGAAGCCGGGAAUCGAGCGUCUGCGAUGCGAAGAACUCAAUCAGAGAAGCCGUCAGAACAACUGUGCACACUGUGACGGACUCGAGCCCUUCAUGGAACACGCAUUCCGAUCGGGACUAUGGGGGCGACAGUCAUGCAGACGUACCUCCCAGUUCACCUGACGACGGCUACAGGUACGGCGACGCACCCGAGUCGCAGGGCAGGCACUACCGCGGUGGUCAAGGUCAUCGCCGGGGCAGGAGGGGAGGAGGCAGCGGCAACAGCCACCACAACAGCGCGCAGCAGGCGUUCAGGAAGAAGCAGCUGAAGUCGCAGAACAUGGCUCCCAGGAACCACGAGCCCCCCGGAAUUUGCACUCCCGUCGAGAACAGAUGACGAUGGAAGAAAUCCCUCCCCUGGAGCCCUCGGAUUCUUCUCGCCAGUCACCGUUACCCCCACGUUGCUGUUCACGCCACUGGUAGAUCAAUAGUUGCUGCACUCUUAAGGGUAGUAUUUAUUUUAGAUAGGAUCCGGACUUCAAGGUUUAACUCUAAGCUCUUCUCCUUAACAUCUUCACUGUCUUUUAUGCUGGCUUGUACAUUUGAGAGUGUGUGGGGACAUCUUUGCCUGCAUGCAAGCUUGGAAGAAGAACAAAAAGGAAGUGUUGAUCGGACUCGCAACACAAGCAGUGUUUUGCUAAUGCAAGUGGCACUAGUGUUUCCUGUUCAUAGUGGACAUUAAAAGUAGGUUUCUGAUUGA